CGGCACAGAAGGCGCUGCCCACCCCUCGGAGCCGAGCCGCGCGCAGAGGCUACAAGUGCUGCGGUCGGUGAUGGGGAUGCUUUCCCGAGGAGCCGCGCAGAGACAAGCGCGCGGUGCUCGAACCUCACAGGGUGGCUAAGGCAGGAGGAAACCUGCCUUCUCAUUUGAGGGAUCCUGUCACUGAAAUGUGUGAGUCCUUGGAUAAAUUUGGCUUGGUGACGGCAAUGCUUUCUUCAGAGACACUGUCACUUCCUCCGUGCUCCUUUCCUACCCUGACAUAAGUUUCUCAGUGUUAAUCCCUGUGAUAAGUCAGAGGAUUUGCCCUUUUCGCACUUUCCUGCCACUAGGUAUCUGCUCCUUUCUCUUACCUCUUUUAGGAGGAACUGGAGCUAAAGUGUCAAAACCUGUGGCUACAAAGGAGAUGAGGGCCUCAGGAGCAGUACUCCUGGUGAUGCAGCCUUAGCUCCUGUUGGGUUCUUAUCUAACUGUCUAGCUAUUGGCAGACUUUCCAGAAGCUGCUGUCUGAUUAGCUCUGAUGGAGCUCCACUACCUUGCUAAGAAGAGCAGCCAGGCAGCCCUGUGUGAUGCUGUGGACUGGAGUGCAGGAGGACCUCCCAGUGACGAGGCAGAUGCAGCAGUCACCAAAGCUGCUCUCUGCUGCCAGAAACACUGUACGUCAAUACAAAAAGCCCUAGAGAUGGAAAGGUCUAACCUUAGCCCUUCUCCAGCAUCCCCUUCCUCCUCUCUGCAAGACAAUGUUAUUCAGACAGAUUCCUUGCCACAGGGCCAUCUCAACUCAGGGAACAACCAAAUAACAUCAGAACGGAAAAUCUGCAACUGCUGUAGCCAGGAAUUAGAAACCUCUUUUACCUACGUGGAUGAGAAUGUCAACCUGGAUCAAAGGAACCGGAGCUCCCCUUCAGCAAAAGGGAGUAAUCACCUGGGAGACCUUGGCUGGGGAAAUUCAAAUGAGUGGUCCCAUGAGGCUGCCAUAUCCUUGAUAUCUGAAGAUGAAGAUGAUACAAGUUCAGAAGCUACAUCUUCAGGGAAGUCAGUAGACUAUGGUUUCAUCAGUGCCAUCUUGUUCUUGGUCACUGGCAUCUUGCUGGUGAUCAUCUCUUACAUUGUACCCCGGGAUGUGACUGUGGAUCCCAACACCGUGGCAGCCCGGGAGAUGGAACGCCUGGAGAAGGAGAGUGCGAGGCUGGGGGCUCACCUGGACCGCUGUGUGAUUGCUGGACUCUGUCUGCUUACGCUUGGGGGGGUCGUUCUGUCCUGUUUGCUAAUGAUGUCCAUGUGGAAGGGAGAGCUCUAUCGUCGUGACAGGUUUGCCUCUUCCAAAGAGUCUGCGAAACUCUAUGGUUCCUUCAGCUUCAGGAUGAAAACUAGCAGUAAUGAAAACACCCUGGAACUGUCCUUGGUAGAGGAAGAUGCUCUCGCUGUACAGAGUUAAUUCUGGUUGUGAAUUUCUUAAAGAGUCUGCUUUGGCAGUUUAUAUGAACAAAGCAAAGCAAAGGAAAACAAAACACAACAUAUUUCUUAAAAUUAACAGUGCAAUUUAUUUGCCUGGCAAGAAAAGUUUAUUUCCCAAACCAGCCAAUACGUGUUUUUGUUCUCUACGUAUUUUUUCUUUAGAAGAAAAGCCAUGUAAGAUGCAUUAAGAAACCACAACCAGCUACACCAGUCCUUCUAAAGAGCUGAGAUUAAUUAAUCUGUAAUGGCCAUCAGCUUCUACUUCUAUAGCAAAAUAUUUCUAACAGUCCAGUGUAUAAAUGAUUUCUUUUACAUGAUUUGGGAUAUUAUUUUUUGGACACUAGUAGGAUGAAUUAGUAACCUAUUUUGUGAAAAAGAACAUAAACUAAUCACAUAAUGAGGCUUACAUUUAAUUCUCAAAGGUGCUUAUCUAUUUUCUUGCUAAAUUUAUUUUUCCUGUAAUUUGGCUAUACACUAAAAUAUAGGGGUUUGAAUUUGAAUGUUUUCAAAGCUUGAGGAUGCUGAUUAUUAAGAAAAUUAAAAACAUAUGUUAUAUUCAAAAUUAUUCCUGUACUCAGAAGUGGUAACUAAGUCAUUAGAAUAAACUUUCUAGUAAAAUAAAAUAUAAAUCAUUACAAGACCGAUCUGAAUUUGACCCAGAAUGGCAGUACCAAGUUAGCCAGUGUCACAUGCCUGCUUUCUAGAUAAUCGCUGAUAAAAAUUUCAUUUUCUUUUUGUGAUUUGGCCAUCAUACCAGUUACCUGUUCUUUUGAAAUCUUUCCUGGUUCUCACGCCAGAGAGGCAAAACAAGACGUUUUUAUUUCUAUUUCCAGAUAUCUAAUAUCUAGGCAUUUUGAAUCAUGACUGGCUCAGGCACACUCCCAGCUGACGUUUUGUUGUUGUUGUUUGGAGAAGAUCUCCAACGCAAGAGCAGCUAGACCCUUGGGGGCUGUGCCUAGAAACCUGUAUCACUUGCUAUAGGCCAAGCAACGAGUCAUUGCCCCAGGAUGGCAGCAGUCUUUAAGAUUACAGCCAAAAAAUUAAAGUGAGAAGAGAGAAAGAUUAAACACACUGAUUCAGCGGGAACUGCACUCCUCACCAGAACUCACCUCCUCCUAAAACUGUUCUACGCAUCAUUCUGAUCACCUUAUAUCUAGACCCUCAAUAACUGUGAGAUCUUGCCUCAUCAAUUCGAAGCAUGGUGAGCAAAACAGUAAACACUUUGCAAAACACACACUUAACAUCCCCACUAACUCAGUGUCUCAGGAUGGUUGUGGUUCAAGAAGAGGGUGGGGAAUUCAGCCAAAGAAAUAUCUUGCAUUUUGCAACUAUUACUUGAGGUGUUUCCAACCUCCCACUGUUACCAGGAUCAGUGGGGUCAUUCUUAAAGAGAAUUGAAGCUGGGAAUUUGGGUGAGAUGGCAGGGAUGGGGAAGUGAGAAAGUGAUUUCUUUAUAGAUUCUAAAACCUAAUUCCAAUGUCUGGAGCUUUUGUUACUGAGGACUGUGGAAUAUGUGGGUGACUGGCUGGCAGAGUGUGUGUCAGGAUAUUUAUGUGAACGAGCUCUUGCAGGUGUCAGAGACUGAUUUGAUGAGUUAGGGACACUCAUGUUACUAAGGGUUAAGGUGAAAUGCAAAAAGAGAGGAUCAAAGGAUGAUAAAAAUAGCGAGGACAGGUAUGUGAAAGAAUUAUUAGGUAGAAAUGAGAAAUUAUAUGGACAUCAGAGGAAGCUAAGUGUAGCUGGAUUACCUUACCCUAUAUAACAGACUGUUGUUGAUUUGGAAAUAACUGGGACAAUAUAAACACGAUUUUUGUUUUCUAUUGCUGGUUCUUUGUGUUUUUUGAAGAAACUUUUUGUUUUACCGUGACUAUCAUGUGUUGAGGCUGGCUUACUAGCAGUACAAAUUUCUAUUCUGAAGGUUUAUAAAUUGUCAGAUUCUAGCCUGUUUGAGGAUCCACUUUGCAUGAUGUUGAGGCAAUAGGGGAUGAUCUCCUUGGCUGAGUGAGUAGGUUUUGAGUUGUGUGGUUUUUUAAAAAAACACAUGUUUAUUCAUAGAAGCUAAAUGGCAUAAGCUGAGUUUUGUUUUUAUUUAUUGGUGAAACAGGAUUAAUUAGUCAAAUUGCAGACUAAACAAUUAGUGUGUAGUUUGAUUUUCAUCUUAGAAAGAAAGACAAAUUUGAGAAUCAAGUGUUAGGGAGUUUUCUUAGGUCUGUAAAACUGCUGAUAAAGGAGAAAAAGCCAAAGCUUUUCAUUUGGAAGCAUUUAAUGAAUCUGGCAGUGCUACCAAAUUACAUAUAGUUCUAA